UAUCUAUGCCACUGAUAAUCACUGUCUCCCCAAUUCUAAGAUAACAAAGAUUUGAUUUCUGACACUUGCUGAGUACUGAUUUACUGUUUUAUUGUUCUUAAUAGGCCUUCAGCUACUUGAUAUUCUCCCUAAAUUACGGGAGCAGGAGGAUGAGGAUUUGAUGAUUCAAUGUGAAGCAUUUGAAGAGGCUAUGGCAGAAGAUGAGGAAGAGCUGCUGCGUGUGUAUGGAGGCAUUGACAUGAGCAACCACCUAGAGGUCUUCACCACACUUUUCAGCAAAGUUAGCAGUUCUCCAGCUUCUCUUCAGCUCCUGUCUAUUCUACAAGCUUUGUUGCUGCUUGGACCAGAUCGCACAGAUAUAUGGGUCACAGUGGAAGCCAUCAUCAACAGAGCCCUCCUGGUCGCACAAGACUCCCAGAUUGGCUCCUGUGAGAAGAUCAUGCAGCGGCUGAUGUUCUACAAAAGGAAGAGCUACCAGGGGCAGCACGAGUUGGAUGGGCUUGCGGACAAAAUUGACAAAGCCGUGCAAACAGACCACCAGAAUGUCAAUGAAAAGCCAGACAAAAUUCAAAUCUCUCCUCAGAAACCAAUAUGUGCCUCUCCUCCUCCUCCACCGCCCCCUCCUCCCCCUCCUCCUCCUCCUCCACCACUGCCAGGCCUGGGACUGCCUGGAGUCCCCCCACCUCCCCCACCCCCUCCUCCUCCGCCCCCAUGUGCUCCAGGGUUACCUCCACCACCACCGCCUCUACCUGGUAUGGGCCCCCCACCACCUCCGCCUUUACCGGGAAUGGGUCCACCGCCUCCCCCUCCGUUACCAGGAUGGGGCCCCCUCCCCCCCCCUCCCCCCGGCAUGGACAUGAUUGUGGCCCACAGCGCCCAGAGCCUCGGCCGCAGUGCCUCUCUUAGGACGCACCGGUGCCCCACUCUGAGGAUGAAGAAGCUCAACUGGCAGAAACUAAGGACUGUUACUGACGGCCAGUCCAUGUGGGCGUCUGUUCAGAAGGACCCUCCUCCCCGUGAGCCUGACUACAGCAGUAUUGAGCAGCUCUUCUGUCUCCCGGUGACCGAACCCAAAGACAAGGGGGCAGCUGCUCCUGUCAAGAAGGAGCCUAAAGAGAUUACCUUUAUUGAUCCAAAGAAAAACUUGAACUUAAACAUAUUUCUGAAGCAGUUCAAAUGCUCAAAUGAGGACUUUGUUGCCAUGAUUCAGAAUGGUGAUCGUUCCAAAUUUGAUGUUGAGGUGCUAAAACAACUCUUGAAACUGCUGCCAGAAAAGCAUGAGAUUGAGAAUUUGAAGUCCUUCCAAGGGGAGAAGGACAAGCUUGCAAAUGUUGACCGCUUCUACACCUCCCUCCUGACAGUGUCGUGUUAUCAGCUGAGGAUUGAGUGCAUGCUGUUGUGUGAGGAGACGGCAUCAGUGUUGGACAUACUCAGGCCUAAAGUCAAACUGGUGGAGGAAGCUUGCCAUGCUCUCCGAACAAGCACGCACAUGCCAAGCUUCUGCAGGCUUAUUCUUGACGUUGGCAAUUUCCUCAACUAUGGGAGCCACACAGGGAACGCAGAAGGCUUUAAGAUCAGCUCCCUGCUCAAGCUCACAGAGACCAAGGCCAACAAGAGCCGCAUAACACUGCUCCAUCACAUCUUGGAGGAGGCAGAGGCUAAUCACCCAGAGCUCCUGGCACUGCCCGAUGACAUUGAGAUCUGUGAAAAAGCUGCGGGAGUCAACCUCGAGUCAGUUCAGAAUGAAGCAAAUGGCUUAUUGAAACGACUGAAUGAUACUGCCAAGAAAGUGUCUAAUUCUGCAGAGGAAGUGAAGGAACAAUAUACAAGUGUACUGGGAGAAAACCUGAAAGCCUGUCAAGUUCUUAGUGAAAAGUUCUCAGAGAUGGACAAAAAGAGGAGUGAGCUGGCAGUGUAUCUUUGUGAAGACGCCAAUCAGCUGUCUCUGGAGGAUCUCUUUGGGACCAUCAAAACUUUUCGAGGACUUUUUAUCAGAGCCUUGAAGGAAAAUAAAUCGAGGAAGGAGCAGGCAGCUAAGGCGGAGAAGAGAAAGAAGCAGCUGGCGGAGGAGGAAUCCAAGAGGCAGAAGGGAGAGAAUGGGAAGAUAAUCAAGAGGGGCGUAGUGCCUCAGGAUGAUGGCUGCAUCAUUGACCAGCUGCUGGCCGAUAUCAGGAAAGGUUUCAGCCUUAGAAAGACCAGGCCCAGGUGCGAUUCGGAAACCCUCCCUUCUAGUGAAAUGCGUAGGGAUACCUGCCCGCCUGACUCAAAUGUGAAGCCUGCAGGCGUCGAAACCGCAGAUCAAGCCACCAUUUCCGCUCCAUCCACACUGCCAGCAGCGGCCUGCACAAGCGAAGUGAACGGUCUCAGCAGUCCAUCAGAAGAGACACCUUCUCCAACAGCAGAGGAGAGUGCAGUGUCAACGACUCACCUGCCCUCAGAAAACGCAAGAACCGCAACCACUCCAACACCCCUUUCAAAAUCUAUAGUGACCUCGACACCCCCACUCCCCGAAAAAUCUACACCAUCGGAGAAUCCAGAGGCACACGCAGUGAAAGUGACACCGCAAGAUGUGACGUCAGUGGAUCACAGCCUGUCUCUCCCAACAACGAAUGGGUUCACAUUGGACUCGAGUGAUUCAAGCAUCCUUAGCCCCUCCUCCCUGUCGGAUGCGGACUUGCUUGAGGCUGUUUUGGAUGGAGGGUCAGACAUGGUACCAGAGAAGUUGGAAGAAGCAAAAGUUGGAGAUAUUUCGAUUACUGAAAUUGCCCAAAGUCAAAGCAAUAUCAACUAUGAUGGCACUAACGAUGACGUAAAAAGAUGUUCACAAGAGACUCAAGAAGAGACAGAGCAGGGAAGUAAAGAAGUACCCAAACCUUUUGGUCUGGAUGUUGCCAAAUCUGCUUCAAAAAGCAAUAAGACUGAAGUGAUCCAGGCUUGUGAUGUCCCUGAUGGAGCAGAGAUAGUUGAAGACAUGCCUGCCACAUCAGAAUCUAUUAAGCCUGAACCAAAGAAAAAGGGAUUCUUUAAACGCAGCAAAAAGAGUAAACAAGGUAACAGUGGGAAAGGACACGCUAAGCAUAAAAAAGGCUGUGUUUUGAUGUGAGGUGACUCCAGAAGAAGUAAGGCCAGAGGUAAAAGGAAAUGUUGAUGAAACUUAAAAGGACAAUGUAAUUUCAAAGGUGAAUGUAAAGUUACUUGAAGAUGUGGGGAGUCUUCCUUUACGACUUGGAUCACCACCGCACUAUAAAAAUAUGUCACUUUAUGUACAUUCCUUGUUACAUGUAUAUGGGUGGUUAAGCACUGUUAGGGGAGAUAAAAUAUGCUUUGUUUUGUAUUGUAAUUUGCAUUUAAGGUGGUUUUGCUGAAAGCUUUACAUUUGAGGCUAAUGAAGUGUUAGCUAAUGUCAUUUUACUUACCUAAAGAGUGCUUGUUAUGUGUCUUAAUUUGUCUUAUGAUGAAUUCUAAUAGAUAUUUAAACUAUAUUAUGUAACUUUUAAUGUUGGAUGUAUUUUAAUAAAAAAUGUAUAUUA